AUGGCAUUUGAUUCCUCGCCUUUUGUCCUGCCGGACCAGCUGCAGCACUUCAACAUUCAGACUGUGGACACCGGGAAUGGCGAUACUUCUGCGGAAUCUUGUCAUUUGGAGAGGGGCCGCUAUGAGGUCAUUCCCACUGUGGUGUGCUCCUUGUGCUGCCUGUUUGGACUAGUCUACACCUUUUUUGGUGAGUUGAGAGAGAAAAAAUUUAUAUGUGGAUCUCGUAAGGGAUUUAUUGAGUCUCCUUGCAAUGCUGUCCUGAAAAGGUAAUCUGUAUAACAGAACGAUUGUAAAACAAAUACUUGGAGCCAAUAUGCAGGUCAAAAUGACUUGGUAACCAAAGACCUCAGAACAGGAAUAGAAAUUCUGUCCUUGGGCCUCAAGUAGCUUGAUUCGUGAAUGCAGUAAUUCUUUCCUCAGGCUAAUUGACACAGACUAAGUACAUACCAUUAAUAGCUUACAGUUGCAGCUCUUAUUAACUUCGGCUUGUAUGUAUACGUGUUCUUUAAAGGUUCAUCUUAAAGAUAACAUUAUACAGUUAAAAAAUAAAUAAAAUGAAAGUCAACAUGUUAAGAUGUUUGCAUCUCUAACAAUUUCCUGAAACGUGUGCAUGCAGGAAUCUCAAAUCCAGUCCAAAUCUACAGAGAUCUCGUAGGUCUGCAAAAUGCAUCAUUAAUGGCAAAAACAAUCCCAUGCCAAGUUGGGAAACGCUAAAGAUAUAGGUAAAUAUUUGUACGUAAAGGGUUACUCCAUCUUUUUAAAGACCCCACAAUUUCAAUGUAUAUUGCCCUAUUGUGAAUUACUAAUUGCCCCCCCCCCCUUUUUAAAUGCAGUAAAUGAGUUCAAUUUAGCUAACCAGAAGUUGGAGGCUCCAUCGUUCACUCCAGUCGCAUUUGAUUGGAUUUUUCUUACAGGCUGUGAGCGCAUGCCUUCAUUCGUGUAGAAGAAACUGCACAGGGGGGGGGGAGGGAACCAAAUGCCUGUUGUAAGCAUGGACAGCGCACUGGUGACAAAUGUACUUUUUUGCACAGAAUUAACAUUAGGUAGCUCAGAACAGAAUUCUGGGUGUCUAAGUCACAUGUGAUGGGGAUGAAAUAGGAACAAACAUGCAAAUAUCUCUGUAUGUGCAGGGUUUCAAUCAGAAACCCUGCACAUACAGAUUCCUAUCACUAUGACCACUUCUAAAAGCAGAAGUGGACAUGGUUGUUGGAGUAAUUUUUUGUAGCUACUGUCCUUUAUAUACGAAAACAUACAAAGGGAGAUUCCAAGCACCAUAACAACUUAUAUCAUCUAUCUAUGUCUGCAUCUUCUCAGUACAGUAGUUUGCAAAAUGUUCUUUGAUUUUCUUCAUAUUUAAGCACCUAUGCAAGCCUGACGGGCGGCCUUCUACUGUUCGAAGCUGACAACUAAACUUUGACUCACUGAAAUCCCUGUUUGGUUCCCAACAGUGCUUGUAUUUAAGGGUAAAGUUAUGGGAACACUUCCGGGUCUGGACAGAGCUUAAUGUAGAAGCUGCAAAGCCCACAUGUUUGCAAAAAAUGCAUGUACCUUAAAUCUGAGUAUCUUUCUUAUGUUAGAGUAUAGUUUUGCAUAUAUUUUAAUUAUUUGAUGCAAUUAUUUGUCCAUAUACUUUUUGGCUGCCUAAAAUAGUGUGACCAUGUAUAAAAAAACAAAACAAAAAAAACAAACAAAAACCCCCCACUGUAAUCCAUUAUGGAGACUGCAAAGUCUUCCUGUGUUUAAUUAAAGUGCAAUUAACAGAGCAGGAGAUAAAAACUUCCAAAGUAAACACACUGUUCAGUCACAUCUGAUUGAAAGUGUUUCAUGCAGGCUGUGUCAUUCAUAGCCAGGGGAGGUGUUGCUAGGGCUGCAUAAAGAAAGUGAUUAAACUCCUAAAUGGCAGAGAAUUGUGCAAUGAGACUGUGUGGACAAGAUCUACACGCCAAAAUGGCUUAAUUAAACUAAAGUUGUUUUGGUGCUUAGAGUUUCCCUUUAAGGUUUAAGGGACAAAAGAAGUAUGGAUGUGCAUGUGUAUUUAUCAAGUUUGUAUUGAUGUACACCUUCCAUUCCAGCACAACUCCAUUACGUUUUUGAGCUAGCCUUUAUAUAAUAUGUAAACUUGCUUUAUUUUAAGAAACCUUUAUUUAAAAGUAAAAAUUUCAGAUUCUUCAUUCUGAUUGCAUUCUCUGUUUGUUUGCAGGUUACAGAUGUUUCAAAGCCAUAAUGUUCUUAUCAGGUCUGCUGGCUGGUUCAGCAGUCAUCUUCUUGCUUUGCUACAAGGAGCGAAUCCUGGAAACACAGUUGAGUCUCGAGUUGAGUGCGGGGAUUGCGCUGGGUAUCGGACUGCUUUGUGGAUUGGUUACCAUGCUUGUGCACAGUGUAGGUCUCUUCAUGACUGGCCUGCUUCUUGGACUGCUGCUGGCCACUGCUUGCUUAGUGGGACUUGAACAGUUUUACCAUCCUCCCACUGCAUGGGUCCCAGUGGGUAUGAUGAUGGCUUCUGCCAUGCUUUUUGCUGUACUGACUCUCCAGUGGCAGAAACUUUUCACAGUGAUUUCCACUGCUACAUUUGGUGCAGCUAUCCUGACCGUGUGCACAGAUUAUUUCAUUGAGUUGAUGCUGCUGGUGCAGUAUAUCUAUAACUAUGUCCGUUUGGAACCCUCCCAACACCUCUGCUGGUACAGCUGGGUUGUCCUCGGAAUGUGGCCAGUUCUAAGCAUCUUGGGAAUAGUUGUUCAAUGGAAAGUGACAGCUGAGGGCUUCUCUCAUACGGAUGGUAAGUAGAUCUCUUUCUUGUUGGUUGGUGGCAGUCUGUCAGUUGUUCAUGUCUGCUAACAUUUGCCUGACUUGGUUUGAAAUACUUUGUAAGAUACAUGCCAGAUAAUUGCUUGUGUUAACUGCUUGUGUGCAGUAAUGUGAUGUGAAGUGACUAGCCUUUCCUGUGGUGCCUUAGGGGAGCUAACCUGGGUUAAUAGGGCAUAUAUCUGUUAAGACAGUCAUUCCAAAACCAUGUGUUUCGAAAGAUUGAUUGAUGAAUUGUUGUCAGUGAUACAGUUGUCAAUGUACCUUUUUAAAGGAGCACUCCAGCAUUCUAAAUAAAUACAUUUAUUUAUAACCCUAAUACUUGUAAAAAUGUAACGUUCUUCUAAUACAGUGAUGUGGGGGUCUCCACACCACAACUUUCCUCUACCAGAUGAUCUUCUGAUCAAUCCUCUACAUGAGCGGCUCCUUUAUAAGAAGUAUCCGAUACUUCUCUGAGAAGCAUUGCUUUGUGCUGUAGCACAAGCCAGACUGAUAGAGCACUCUUUCUUGUAUGGCUGUUACAUCUAGUUUAAAAAUGGAAAAUUAAAAACUAAAGUGUGACUUCUACAUAGUUACAUAGCUGAAAAGAGACGUGUCCAUCAAGUUCAGCCUUCCUCAGAUUUGUUUUUUGCUGUUGAUCCAAAAGAAGGCAAAAAAAAAAAAACAGUUUGAAGCACUUCCAAUUUUGCAACAAACUAGAAAAAAAAUCCCUCUUGACCCCAGAAUGGCAGUCAGAUUAAUCCUUGGAUCAAGAUGCAUUUAACCUUCACUGAAAAAAUAUAUCCUUGAAUAUUCUGUUUUUGUAAGUAUGCAUCUAGUUGCUGUUUAAACAUCUGUACAGACUCUGAUAAAAACACUUCUUCAGGCAGAGAAUUCCUUAUUCUUAUUGUUCUUACGGUAAAAAAACCUUUGCUUUGCCUUAGAUAAAUUUUUCUUUCUUCCAGUCUAAACGCAUGACCUCAUGUCCUAUGUAAAGUCCAGUUUGUGAACAGAUUUCCACAUAAUGGUUUGUAUUGGCCCCGAAUAUAUUUGUAUAAUGUUAUCAUAUCCCCUCUGAGGUGACGUUUUUCUAAACUAAAGAGGUUUAAAUUUGUUAACCUUCAUAGCUAAAAUGUUCCAUUCCUCUUAUUAAUUUUGUAGGUCGUCUCUGCACUUUUUCUAGUGCCAUAAUAUCCUUCUUUAGAACAGGUGCCCAAAAUUGUACAGCAUAUUCAUGUUGUCUUACCAGUGAUUUAUAAAGAGGCAAAAUGAUUCUCAUCCCAAAAAUUAAUGCCCUUUUUCAUGCAUGACAGUACCCUACUGACCUUAGCCACUGCUGAUUGACAUUGCACAUUGUUGCAUAGUUUGUUGUCUAUAACAGUGGUUUCCAAACGUUUUAGGUUCAAGGCGCCCUUAAUAUUUAAAUAUUUUUCCAAGGCGCCCAAAGUCAAAAUUAUUUUCUCAAUGUUGUAUAUGUGUGCAGCGCAGCGGCAUAUACUGGGCCCUGUUCGGCAGAAAUGCUUGCCGCUCAAGCGCAUAACCAGAACCUAAUCUUGGGAGGGGCACUGGUAGAUUAUUUAAAGAAACCAUCCAGGCAAAAUAACCACUACAGCACUUUGUAGUGGUUAUGGUGCCAGUAGUUCCCUCCCAGAGUAAGUAGUCAAACUGUUUAAGAAUAUUUUGGCAACUUACCUGGGGUCUGCCGGGAUAAAAGCUGUAAAAAGGGAUAGGGGCAGUAGUGUGUGUGUGUUUGUGUCAGUUUGUGCUUGAGGGGUACAGUGUGUUUAGGGUGCAGUAUGUUUAGGGGAGUGGUGUGUGUGUGUGUGGGGGUAAUGUCUGUGUUUGUGGGAAGUUAUUGUGUCUCUGUGGGGGUAGGAGGGCCAAUUCAUAAGUCUAUAAUUUUUUGUUUUAAUUAAAAAUAAUUAUUUUAAUAUCCCCCCCCUGCUUACCUUUGCCUGGGAGAGUGGACAGUACAAGGCAAUUCCUAUUGGGGAAGCCCUGGUGGUCCUAGUGGUGACAGUGAACUCUAGCAGCCUCUGGAGCUGCUAGAGUUCACUCUUACGAGAUGCAGAGCGUUGCCACGGUAACCACGACAACGCUCCGAGCUCACAAGAGGAGAACCCGGCGGCGCUGCAGGUUAGAGCUCCCCCUGGUCCUCUCUCUCCCUCUCUCCCUCUCCCCCCUCUCUUCCCCCUUACCCCUCUCUCCCCAUCUUCCCCCCCUCUCUCCCACCUAUCUCCCUCCUCUCUCGCCCUCUCUCUCCCUCCCUCUCUCCCCCUCCCUCUCUUACACUGCAGUUCCCGGGGCUAUGAUCAUAGCACCAGGAAAAUAUCUUGCAGCUUCCCUGUGUCCCGCUCGGCUAUAACAAUUCAUAAGUCCUUCUCGUGUGUGGUUAUCUCCAAUUCGCUUCCAUUUGGGGUAUAAGUUGCUUAAGCAUUCUUGAUUCACCUCUGUCCAGCUUGAAAAUGUACUAUUAAUGUCAACUCUCUGUACUCUAUUUUUAAGCCAAUGCUCUACCCAAGAACAAGAAUUUUCAUCUAGACCGAUUUCUUUGAGUUUACGAAGUUACAGCUUUUUAAUUAAAUCAAGGUUUAUCCAAAACCACCUCUCAAAUACCCUUUUUCUUUUUCUUUAUUUUUUUACGUGCUUGUAGUGAAUGAGAAAAAGCAUCAGGCAUAAUAUAAACUUAGACAAUGCUUCAAGUUUGUUCAUACAUAGGAAACAACAGUAUGGUGGAUCCAAGCAAGUAGCAGUUAAAGCACAUUUCUACUUUAUAGAGUACAAGUGUGGUUACAGACCCGGGAUGAGCUAGGGUUGGGCUGCGUAGAAGGGUAUUCCUGCUUGUCUCAGGGAGGUUAUCACCAGUCCGAAGGUCUUGUGUCGAAUUAAGGUGGCUCUGGUGAGGUCCUGAAAGAACAUUAACUGGGAGUUUUCAAAAGCCAGCAGCGUUUUUCCCUUCAGGGCCAUCAUGAUUUUUAUCUUGCCAUGCACAGUCACGCAGCGUAGUAUGACAUCUCUCGCCACUGUGGUUUGAGUGCGCGCUGUGCUGGUUACACGACAGAUCCCGUCCAGAACAAUUUUUUUUUUGUCUGUUGCAUGUGACAAGAUUGUAGAGAGCAAGCGCCUGGUAUAGUGCGGCAAUUCUUCGGUUGAUGUAUUUUAAUGUGUGUGUUCUGCGCAGUCUGUCCUCUAGGGACAUCAUUUGGGCGGCUAACAGCUGUUGAUCAGCUUGGAGAUGCAUCACUGAGUUGUGGAGGGUGGUUAUGGUCGUUUGAACAUUAGUUAUAUGUUCUUCUGAAUGUUUGACUCGGUCUUUCACUUGUUGUAUGUCCACUUUAAUCUUGGUGACAUCAGCUGCCAGUAGUUUGUGUAUAUUGGCAAGUAGAAUCUUUAGAUCUCGCUUGGUGUCCGAGUCUAAGUCGCCAGGGAAGUGGGGAGGUAAGGUUUGGUCUGCUUGGAUGGUCUCUUAGGUACUUGGUCCCUUGUAGUACGGGCCCCUGGUGGAAAUGGGGUCCGGUAGGUGCUCUGCCCAUGCAGGCUCAAGUUGUGCUGGCUCUCAAAUACCCUUUAAACAUUUAAUGGCAAGAGAUCUUUAACUAGAUUCUGGUGUUCCAUUACCAGUACUCCUGUUGGCAACCUAUAUUUUCUCAAUGAAUUAUAAAAUCAUAAGUUUAUUUAUUUCCUUUUUUGUUUUCCAGAUCCACAGGUGCUUGCACUAGUUCUCCAGAUUAUAGCUGUAGAUUAUGCCCCACUAUUACACAUUCACACUAUUAAUAUAUUAUACACUAUGAUAUGCUUCAAGUGAGAGAGAUGGCUUGGAAGUGGAUUUUUUUUCCAUCUCCAUUUUAAAUACUGUUUGGCUUUGCCAAUGUAGCUCUAUUUCCUAUGGCCAAUUUGGGUUCAUAAACAGCCAGUAUGAGGAAUAUGAUCCAGUGGAUAGCUGGAAAUGAUUAGGGAACCCAUGAUGCUUGCGUAUAUUAGAAACAGAAUAAGGAGAAUACUGUUGGGCAUGUAAUCCUUCUGACAGCCCAACUCCUCCUCCAGCAGGAAAAAGACAAAGCUUUGUUUAAGGAGAAAGAGGGGCUUUAUUGUUAACUACUUGGAUUAACUGGGAGGAUGCGAUCCUUAACAUAGUGUCUGUUCAUCUAUUUUAAAUACUUCUUAUUUGUUUUGUCUUUUACAUAUUGACCUUUCUGUUUGUAUUUUUUCUUUUGUCUAUGGAAAUGUAUCUGUAAAUGUUUCCUGCUAAUUGAACAAGAUAGUGAUUUUAUUUAUUUUAGUGCUUGUUGUCCUAUCUGCCCUAGCAGAUGUAUCUGAACUGCAUUUCCCAUGAUGCCUCAUAAAUUGUGCAUGUUUAACUAGUAGCUAAUCGUGCGUGUUGGUAUAAAUUCACCAACUUUUAAAGGGACACUAUAGUCACCAGAAAAACUACAGCUUAAUAACAUGUCACCGCAGGCUUUUUACUGUAAACACUGCAGUUUCAGAGUAAAGGCAGUGUUUGUACCUUGAGGAGUUACUAGGCAGUAAUGUAGUCACUCAGACGGCCACUAGAAGUGCUUCCUGGUUCAGUAAUGCACAAUACAUUGAAUCAUGGGGAGAUGCGGAUUGGCACAGUGUUAUGCCACGCAAAUAGUCUCCCAAUGCUUUCCUAUAAGAAAAUAACAUCAGUUUCUACAUGCAAUAACAUGCAAAUUUAUAAAAAUCAGCCUUCCAUUGAGUUGUAGAGCUAGCAUUUAUGUCAAUUAAAUUAAGUCCUUUUGGAACGAUCUAGAGACUAAUUGUCAGAAAAACACUGUUUCUAUCAGAUAUUUUAUCUUUUAGAACAGCAACUUUUUAUUCUAUCUUUCCAAUUUUAUUUUUUUUUAAAUAACAUUUCAGUUAUACAGCAAUUGCCAAGUAUAUGGGCUUCUCUUCUGUCAUUCACGUGAUGCCUGGAAGUGCAUGGAGGUUAAGAAGGGUUAGAGGCUAAUAGGAUGGAUUAAAAAACUGUGACAGCUUCCUGCUCUAAGGUUACUCUGUCACAGACCUCACACAAGUUCUAUAUCUGGAACAACUUUUGAAGGAAGGAGCAUAGUGAAAAAUGUCUUUCUAGUACACCACUUCAGAUUAGAUUUUUUUUUUAUAUGUAAAAUUCAGAUUUAUUCCAUGAAGUGCAAAUUGUCGUGAAAGUCACAUUUUAGCUAAGCAUUUUAUUUCCAUUCACCUAAUGUGAUCUGGAAAUUGAAUUUAAUAACCCCCCCCCCCCAAAAAAAAAAUCACACUGUAGUGUAGGGCUCGACAAAUGCCAGGUAGUCAUGGCAACUAGAAAUUUUGCCCGGGCACUAUGGAUUUGUCAACCCUUUCAGAGGCGAGGGAAAGUGGAGGCAGCCGGCUGAGUGACAGUGGAGCAAGACGGCUAGGGAGCGAACAUCUUGCGGCUCUUCUUGCUCUGCUCUCUCACGCACUCUGCUGUGCUUCUGGGUGCCGGGAUAUACGGUUAGAGCAAGAAGAGGUUGAAGAUUUCAGUAGCCACACUGGACCCCAGGGAAAUGAUCCACAGCCACUUCAAUUGAACGCUACAGCUUUAAGGCCCAAUUCCCAUACCAUCUCUGCAGCAAGCCUCUUCAAUGGAACGCUACAGCUUUAAGGUACAAAUUAAAAUUCAGAAGAUGCUGCACCGGAUUUCUUUCACCUUUGCCACUAGAUUAUUACUUUCUUAUAAUAAUGUUUUCAUUGUUAUCUAUAGUGGUACUACUGUAGUAUUAUGUACUUGCAGUUACAUGCAUUAAUUAAUAAUCUGGCUGUUAGGAUUUGAUUGACAAAAUUCUAAAAUGUAUACCUCAAAUUAGGGAUCGACCGAUUAUCGGUCUGGCCGAUAUUCUGUGUUUUCGGAAAUAGCGGUAUGUCUCCACUCUGCCCAUGACCUUCUCCUGUCUGUUGCUCACACCCGUACAGCCAACUCAUGCUUGAAGGACUUCUCGCGGGUGGCUCCUUUCCUUUGGAAAAGCUUGCCUAUGACCAUCAAGCUCUCCCCUAGUCUUCAAUCAUUUACAAACAAGAUCCACAUCACUCUCAGUUAAGGGAGUACGGAGGAUCCUUGUGGUCUCCCGCUGUGGAUGGCGGUGGGUUCUUCGUCACUUUGGGCGGUGUAAUGGGGUAAUGUCCCGGGUGGCCUUGAGCUCAGGCAGGUGUUUAGUUAUAGGUGCAGGUGCCAUAGAUGUUGUUUUAGAUGGCGGAUUGCUCUGAGGGGGCCUCUGCAGCCCUCGUUUCUCUCUUGUCCCUUCACCUUUCAUGAUGCAACGGUGAUGCUUCUAUUCGGGACUCUAGUUGUGCCCAAACGCGCUCAAAGAUCAGAUUUAGCAUUUUGUCAGCUGCUCUUGGGUGAUCCGUUUCAGUCUGCUGUGCCUCAUGCGCUUGUGUUGGGAGUUCAUGCACCAUCUUGUAUGUGUAGGCUGUGAUCUCUGCUCCUGCUGUGUCGCGAGUCAGCAGGCUGCUUGAGUAUUUAGAUCUAGCCCGAGGUGACUGGGAUAACACCCACCAGUCAUGGGGGGAGGGGCAGCGAUAUUAAGCCUCACGGUCAGGCAAAGCACUAGGAGAGCGGCCGUCUCUCCUCCGUUUUAUUGCCUGUAGGCCGCAGGACCUCGAGCCAAGCAGUCCGGUGCCGGGGAAGCUCAUGAGAGGUAUCUCCAGAUGCACCGUCGAACCCCGGUAUAGGGGAGUUGUUUCCCUGCAGGCAGAAAGUGGUUUGGCUUGGAAAUAUGCCACAGAAUUAGGUGUUAGAUGAAGGAACUCUUGUUGUCUGUUCUGCUUGGUGGUCAAGCUCCGCCCCCUAAAUGGAUAAUAAUUUGUGUGUGUUUCUGUCAGUGAGUGUGCUUAUGCGUCUGUCUUUCAGUGAGUGUGUCUGUUCCCCGCGGAUCGCAUAUGAAAGGUGUUUUUUAUUCACCUUUUUUCUCAUGCUGUGCAGGUCUUGCAGUGGCUGGCUCUACCUCCAUGACCAAGAUUAUCCAUCUUGAUGAUCUCAGCCAAGUCCACGCUUUUCUAUAGGAAAACAUUGGGAGAUUAUUGCAAUACGCCGUGCUGCGCCAAUCGGCAUCUCCUCAUAGAGAUGCAUUGAAUCAAUGCAUCUCUAUGGGGAACAUUUAGCGCCUCCAUGCAGAGCGUGGAGACACCAAACGCUUUGCAGCACUGGACUAAGAAGCACCUCUAGUGGCCAUCAGAGUGACUGUCAGUACAGGUGUUGCUAGACAACAAUGUAAACACUGCUUACGUUGAAAAGCUUGCAGGGACAGGCUAUAAACCCCAAAACCACUGCAUUAAUCUGUACUGGUUCUGGUGACUAAAGUGUCCUUUUAAGAAUUUUACUUUUGUAGUUUGAAAACAAAGCUUUGUUCGUUUAAAAAAAACAAAAAAAUAAACCUGGCUUCUAACUUUUUUUUUUAAAUCUGGCUCCUAGAUUCCAAGCAGAUUUGUCAAGUCCUGCUUUAGUAAAAAAACCCUGUCGGUGUCCUUGAAAUGCCUUCAGUAUCUUUUAAGAUACAGCAUUUGCCAAUACGGUUGGUAAAGUGGAGCCAUGUAUUUUGGAUCCAUAAUGCACUUGAUUUUAGGCGUACAUUACUAAAUGUACAAAAUGCAUAGACCUGUAUAGCUGUAGCCUUAUUUCUGUGAGCUGUGCAAGCGGGAUGUUUGUUUUUAUGUGAAACGCUUAAAUUGGAAAUACAGGAGAAGCAUUUUUAGCAUUUUGCAUUGGUGACUUUCAGUAUUGCUGUUGCAUUGUAUCCACCAUAGUUCUAAACCAGUUUCCAUGUGAAAUAUAUUCUAUUUAUAUAGUUUGAGCAUAUAUAUCGAGAUAGAUCUGAUUUUUUUUUUUACAGCUGUCUGUAUUCAGGGUUCUAUAAGAUCAGAGUGAACUAUUUCAUGGAUGUAGAAUAUAUGAAAGUUUUGGUUUUUACUGUACUUUAGACUUAAUCGCUACUUCUUUUCCUUCCAUAAUUGUCAUCCCUUUAAAUUUCUGAUGUUUGCUCUUUCAUGACAGUGAUCAUAAGCAGACGUCAAAAACGCCUCCAGCUCUUGCGGAUACGGCAGAAAGAGGCCAAAAAACGUCAGAAUGUUGCUCCUCAAGAGGGGACGUAUCGACGGAAGGCAAACCCUAUGAAAAGAUACACUGGGGAUAUUCUUGCACCCGUGAGUAAAUUGGAAUCUGGAAAGUAAUCUAUAAUUCUUUCUCUGUGACUUUGAAGGGAAUAUAGAAAAUAUUUUAGCCUACCAUAUAUUGUGGUAGGACCGCAUUGAGUUGAAGGUCAGAUGGGUUAGUUUCAAGUGCUCUCAAAUAUCUGUGUGAUUUGCACACAAACCAGUCAAAUGUCAUGAAUAUGAAAAGUCAGAUGGCAGUUUUAUAUUCUUAUUGUUGCAUUUUGUGUUCUAUUACAGAGUUACUUGCAGAGCUUGAGGGAUCGGCAGACUGGCACCGGCACAUCCAUGAGCAGUCUGAGCACGUACAUGCAAACAGUAGUGGACUUGGACUAUGAGUGUGGCUCCACUGUACCUCUUACUGCCACUACACCAGUAAUCCGAGUCUGA